AUGCGUAGAGUAAUCCUCACCAUCCUCUUGGUUUUGCCAGCAAUUGCUCAGCUUAAACAAAUCGAGGAUUUGGAUUUUACGGACCAUUCAAAUGGGUCUCCAAAAAUCAGCCGUUCCUCAUAUUUCAAGCAGGAUUUUCGAUUGGGAUACAAGUUAAAAUUAUUUUGUGAGGCCAACGGAACCCCUAGGCCUCGAAUUGUAUGGUAUCAUCGUGGAGUUGAAGUGAAUCCGGACCACAAUAGAACGGUUAGUUUUUAA